UUGAUGUAUUUUAAGUUCGGACAUGAUCAUGUCGGGUUUUAAAUUGAAAAUGCUAGUUUUUCGAGCAGAAUUGGGUCGGGUUGAUAUUGGCAACCUGAAUCAAAGUAGCUAAUUUAUCUCUCCUUUCUUCUUGGAUUUUGUUCUGUAACUUGCGGACGCCGGGCGCAUCCUAAUUUCUUCUCCUCUUUCUUCUUCCUCCCUCUUCAUCGAAAUCACAAUUGUAAAAUAUAACUGGAAUUGCCAGCUCGAGAACAUCACUUACACUGCUAAGGAAAAGUAGUGAACUAGAAAACUUGAUAUCAUUAUGGACUUUGGAAAGAAGGGUCAGCGUGAUUAUUGCAUUUAGCAUUCAGGGGAGUAUUUAUCAUACAGUGGAGUCCCAAGGAAUCAUUUCAGGAGAUUAUUCUGUUAGUUGUGUACUUUGUGCUUGAAUUUUAAAAAUUUGGAUGUUUGGGAUAUUGAUCUUAAAUCUUUUGUGGACGUGUCAAAAUCCAUGACUUCCAAGUUUCAACUUCUAAGGCUCAUCUAGCUCUCAAAUUCUAAGCUGAAAGCAACAAUGGCAACUGACUCACUGAGUUCUGCUCGAAAAGUGAUUGUUCUGUUAAAAGCCACUGCUGAUGCGCCUAUUCUCAAGCAAAACAAGUUCAAGAUACUUGGAACUGAUAAGUUUGCUAAGGUGAUUGAUUUUUUGUCCCGGCAACUUCACAGGGAGAGCAUGUUUGUAUACAUCAACAGUGCAUUCUCACCAAAUCCAGAUGAAUUGGUGAUUGAUCUGUUUAAUAAUUUUGGCGUUGAUGGUAAACUGCUGGUCAACUAUGCUUGUUCAGUGGCGUGGGGCUAACUUUGGGCAAUGCCCGUGCUGAUUUAUGCUGUUCAUGCUUGAGAUCUUUUGUUACAUAUUAUGAAUAUUUGUUGUGUUUUCUUGGACCCAACGAGUAAUAAGGAAACUUCAUUGAUGCAAACCCUGCAAUAUCGUUUGCUCCGUGUACUUGCAUGCAUUUGAUAUAGUAGAAGUGUGAUUGAAGAGAUGGAGAUUUCAAUCAUAGAAUUCACAUGCAUUUGUAAGAUUUCUUUUUUCUUUUUGUUUAUGGUUAAUUUCCCACUUCAUUCAUUUAUACCACUGCUUCAGUGGCGAGUCUGAACAUACAAGACCUGUACUGGUUUAAGAUGCUACUAUCGAAGACUGGAGAUUUGUUUUUUAUGAUUUGGUCUUCAACUUUUCGAUGCGAGAGUGAUGUGAUAAUGACAUGUACCUGUAGCACACACUAUGCCUUUGAUGCCUUUCGGAAUCUUUACAGCACGAAAGAUGUCCAUCAGAAUUUUGUUCUCGUUGAACCAAUCUGUAAAAUGACGAAACCAUUCAGAAAUUGUUACAAGCUGCAUUCGAGAUUCUAUAUAUUUUCACACGAGAUCAAGAAAUUGUGACCUGAAUAAA